GAUUGCUUGUUUCUUUUGCAGUCCUUGGAAGUGUCGCUGGAGAUAAUGUAGUCGUCAGAAGAGCGGAAGUUGUGGGGAGUUUCGUACUAGGUGCUGUAGUUGACAUACCUGUGGUGACGUGACUUGGGGAUGCUUCUGUAGUUGAAGGACGAGGGAUUGUAGCGAUAGAGUUCGUUGUAGGGCCUUCUGUCGUCGUGCUGAUUUCAGCGGUCGUAGUUAAUGCGUCCGUUGUAGCGCAUUCUGUCGGCGGAGUGAUUUCAGCGAUCGUAAUGGCGGCGUUCGUUGCAGCGCGUUCUGUCGGCGUGGUGAAUUCAGCGGUCCUAGUUGCUGCUUUCGUUGUAGAGCGUUCUAUCGAUGUUGUGAUUUCAGUGGUCGUAGUUGCUGCGUUCAUUGUAACGUCUUCUGUCGGCGUGGUGAUUUCAGCGGUCGUAGUUGUUGCUUUCGUUGUAGCGCGUUCUGUCGACGUGAUGAUUUCAGCUGUCGUAGUUGAUGCGUUCGUUGUAGCGCGUUCUGUUGUCGUGCUGAUUUCAACGGUUGUCGUUGAUGCGUUCGUUGUAGCGCGUUCUGUCGGCUUCGUGAUAUCAGUGUUCGUAGUUGCUGCGUUCGUUGUAGCGUGUUCUGUCGGCGCGGUGAUUUCAGCGGUCGUAGUGGUUGCUUUCGCUGCAGAGCGUUCUGUCGAUGUGGUGCUUUUAGUGGUUGUAGUUACUGCGUUCAUUGUAACGUCUUCUAUCGGCGUGGUGAUUUCAGCGGUCGUAGUGGUUGCUUUCGUUGUAGCGCGUUCUGUCGCCGUGCUAAUUUCAGCUGUCGUUGAUGAUGCGUUCGUUGUUGCGCGUUCUGUCAGCGUCAUUUCAGCGUUCGUAGUUGCUGCGUUUGUUGUAGUGCGUUCUGUCGUCGUGCUGAUUUCAGCGGUCGUUGUCGAUGCGUUCGUUGUGGCGCGUUCUGUCGGCGUCAUUUCAGCGUUCGUAGUUGCUGCGUUCCUUGUAGAGCGUUCUGUCGUCAUCCUAAUUUCAUCGGUCGUAGUUGUUGCUUUCGUUGUAGCAUGUUCUGUCGCCGUGGUGAUUUCAGCGGUCGUAGUUGCUGCUUUCAUUGUAGCCAGUUCUGUCGGCGUGGUGAUUUCAGCGGUCGUAUUUGCUGCGUUCGUUGUAGCACGUUCUGUCGGUGCGGUGAUUUCAGCAGCCGUAGUUGCUGCUUUCGUUGUAGUGCGUUCCGUCGGCGUCAAUUCAGCGUUCGUAGUUUCUGCGUUCGUUGUGGCGCGUUCUGUCGUUGUCCUCAUUUCAGCGGUCGUAGUUGUAGCUUUUGUUGUAGCGCGUUCUGCAGCCGUGGUGAUUUCAGCGUUCGUAGUUGAUGCGUUCAUUGUAGCGCGUUCUGUCGCCGUGGUGAUUUCACCGGUAGGUGUUGCGCGUUCUGUCGGUGCGGUCAUUUCAGCAGCCGUAGUUGCUGCUUUCGUUGUAGCGCGUUCUGUCGGCGUCAUUUCACCGUUUGUAGUUUCUGCGUUCGUUGUAGCGCGUUCUGUCGGCUUCAUGAUUUUAGUAUUCGUAGUUGCUACUUUCGUUGUAGCUCGUUCUGUCGUCGUGCUGAUUUCAGCGGUCGUUGUGGCGCGUUCUGUCGUCGCCCUGAUUUCAGCGGUCGUAGUUGUUGCUUUCGUUGUAGCGCGUUCUGUCGGUGUGCGCUCGUAG